AUGGUACCAGUAUCAGGAGCUCAAAGUGCAGUCAACAACUUUUCCAAAAUGCGUUCUUUGGUGCUAAUUUUGUGCCUGGCUGUUGCGGUGUUGGGUAAACCAAGCACCAGACACACCAUUCAGUGGGAUUCCUUCUGGACUCUUCAUGAGAUUGAGCAUUACAUUGAACAUCUAGCAGAAGAUUACCCAGAAAUUAUGCAACUUGAAACUAUUGGAACGUCCUCGGAAGGUCGCAAUAUCGAGGCAGUGUACAUUUCUUAUGGAAACAAUCCAAACAGACCGCUGGUGAUGGUUGACGCUGGACUGAGGGCACGUGAGUGGACGUCUCCGAUGGUGGCUAUGUUCAUCAUCCACGAACUGGUCGAACACCCCGAACUAUUCUCUCACAUUCUCGAAGAGGUCAACUUUGUGAUUAUCCCACUGGUUAAUCCAGAUGGUUAUGUUUAUUCACACACUACUGACAGGCUGUGGGUCAAGUCUCGCAAAGAUAACGGAAACGGAUGCUUCGGUGUUGAUAUCAAUCGUAACUUCGGCUACGAAUGGGGAACCGUUGGAGCUGGUAGCGAUCCUUGCGCGGAUAACUACGCUGGAACUGGAGCAUUUUCGGAACCGGAAACUGAGGCCGUACGUACUGCCAUCAACCGCUACAGCGCCAACUUGAAGCUGUACCUCAGUGUUCAGGCCGCUGCCAAGAUGGUGUUGUAUCCAUUCUCUUACAAUGGCCUGAGAAAUCCAGCUAACGCAGCUUCUCACAGUGCAGUCGCGAGUGCGGCCGCUCUCGAGAUGAUAGGACAAAAUGGGUAUCUUUACACUUCUGGACCCGCCGGUAUCUUGCUGCCAGCGGAGUCGGGAACAGUCAGCGAUUACGUUUCUGGACAGCACGGAAUCCAGUACACUUUUGUGCUGGAAACUCGUGGCGGCGGCCAGAAUGAAUAUGAUCUUCCGGCAAGCGAACUUUCGGAGGUGCUGUACGAGACUGCUCAGGGACUGAAAGUGAUGGCGGAGUACGUUGCGGGAUACAGAGCAGUUUAG